AUGCUGGUACCGCCAGCUAAUUUUGGUAUCGCUGAAGAAGGCAUCUAUCGAUGUUCUAAGAUCGAAACGCUCAAUUUGUCAUUUCUGGAGACUCUAAACCUUCGAACGGUAAUCUUUGUGGGCGGGCAGGAACCUUCCAAGUUUUUUCAAGAAUUUUUCGAGCGAUGCUAUGUUCAGUGGUUUGUCGUUAGGACAGCCAAUGUGUCGUCAAACAUGGCUCCAGUGAACGCCAGUGCUUUGAAAACCUCCCAGGACGAAAAAUCGAUCAAGACUAGUAACGCAUUGGUGUCCGACAGCUACGAGUUGAGUGACAAUGACGAUUUGAUGAUUUUGAAGAGCUAUAGCUUGAAAAGGACGUUCGAGUUACUCUUAAACACUUCUAACCACAACACCAUCCUUGUCGACAAAACUUCAAUUGUUGUUGGGAUCUUGCGUAAACUCCAGAAAUGGAAUAUUGUUUCCAUAAUCAAUGAAUACCGGCUAUUUGCUACCAAGAACGCGAAUUACUUCGCGGAGACGCUUUUGGAGAUGAUAAAUGUGAGAAUCGUACAGGAAGAAGAGGAGAAGCUGGGACUGCAACAUCUCGAAGAUUUGCAAAUCGAUGAAACCCGUCAAACUGGUGACUUGCGUGGCUGUAGCAACUGGGAAGUGGUGCACGAAUCGGACCUGAAUGAGCCACCUCGCAUACCGGCCCACUUGCUAAGAAUCCUUGAAGCUGUUCGAAAGGACAACAAAGAAUUGGACGCUACAAUUGACUUGGAAGUGCCGCUGAUGGCAAAAAGCCAGUCGGAUCUUGGGAUUUUUGGAAAUCGGUACCGGUUAGCCUUCAACAAGAAGGAACGGGCCGAUUACGACUUUUACAGAGGUGGGAAGCACAAUAUCAUAACGUUCCAUUUGCCUCGGGAUCCCUUGCUGCCGCGUUGGUUCAUUCGUCAGCGAGAUCUAUGGGAGAAUGAAAAUGCCAAAGAACAUCACAAUUUCUACAAGGAGAGCAUUUUCGUAUAG